AGAGUGGGGCAAAAAGGCAGUCCGUUCUGCGAUGCUUCGUUCGCCAGUUCGACCUUUCUUUACCCUUGUGAACCAAAACCUCUUGUGUUUUUCCAAUUUCGACCACCUUUUCGAGAGCCGGGCGUCUCGACGCACCUCAACCUAAGAAACUUCUAGUCCUGCGAUACUCAGUUUUCGGUGUCAAGAUCGGAGAGAUGCGCUAACAAUUUCAAAAACCAGCAGCAGUUCUCACUAAAACUUUUCUAAUCCUGCGAGGCAGCAUUGAGUGUGGUCGUGAUUUACUCACAAUAGUAUUUAGUAAAUAUUUACGGGGGCCAAAUUCGAGUACGUGCCUCUCCACUAAUCUCAAAUAGACUUAAAAUUAAAUACUCGCUCACUGAACGAUUCGAUAUAUAUAAAUUAGUGUGUUGUACGCGUUGGUCUACGCGAGUCUACGUGCCGAAGACACCAACUGAUUGAACUAAUUAGAAGAUCAACUAGCCAAUCAUACAACUAAAUUGGUUCGCCAAUUAUUUUUAGACUCGCAUCGAAAUAUGAUUGCAAUAUUUUAAUGUAAGAUAAACGCUGGAAAGGUGGAGCAAGAUAAACGCACUUAUCAUCAUCGCAGGCAGUAUUGUGAAAUUCUUUGGCCUAACUUAUAGCAGCCAAUUAGUUUGAUAAGCUUUAAUAAAUUAUUUCCGAUGAGUACCGAGCAUUGCGGGAUAACGUCGUUGCUUCCAGUUUCUUGCAGAGGAAGUGCCGAAGCUUUUGCAAGGAAUUUGCAAACGCGUUUAAGAAUCCUGGGUCCGAUUGAUGCGAGUGAAACCAGUUGGAUAAACAAACCCUCGAAUGUUAUGAGUAUAGAAGAGAAUUUAUGUGGAAUGCCCAGACCUUGCGAGGAGAGUGAGAGUAGCCAUCCGUGCCAAGAUAUUAACGAAAACACGAUAAAUGAUGUGCUGUAUGCCAAAGAACUCGAAGUCCUCGAGAUAGGCGAGAUCACUAACGAGAUUGUGAAUAAUGCAUUGAAUGUUAUUGAUUUUAAUGAGAGCAGGAGCGAGGAGGACGGUGAAGAGGAGGAGUUGGAGGUUCCUAGGAUAAGGAGGUGUUCUUCUUUGAAGACUGGUAAAACACCACCGGGAACGCCGGGCAGGAAGAAGAUUGUACGGUUUGCAGACGUACUAGGUUUAGAUUUGGCAGAUGUGAGAAUGUUCCUGGACGAGAUUCCGAAGGUGCCGCCUUCGGCAUACAAAGAUUUGCGCAAGGAUGAGGAUGAGAUCGUUAGUAAAACCGAGCGAACGUUGCUGGCGCUUUUCCAACAGCCCGGUGAGCAUCCCAACUUCUUGGAUAAAGUCAGAAUCAAUCAGGCGAUGCUGGAGAAUUGCAUGAUGGAUGACCCUGUUUAUUUGUCAGUGAUGGGAAUGAUCAGGGUCCGGAAUUUGGAUUACAACAAGUCCGUUUAUGUUAGGUACAGCUUAGACUCGUGGAAGACCCACUCGGAUAUCCAGGCUACCUACGUGGACAACUCUUGUGAUGGAUUCUCCGACAGGUUCAGUUUUAAGCUGUAUGCUUACACGUUAAGCAUUGGCCAGAGGUUGGAGUUCGCGAUCAGAUUCCAAUGCAAAGGAUUCCAGUUUUGGGAUAACAACGGAGGAGCAAAUUAUUGUUUUCAGAUGAUGCCCCAGUCUCCACUUCAUCAGCAAUGCCUGCCGAUUACGGGUCUCGAUGAAAAAUUCGCAACGUUUUGCUACAUGGACGAAGCCGGGAACGAAGCAAAUUUGUGUCACACCGCUGUCCAGGACUACAUUACGAAUUCUUUGCAGAAAAACAAUACUGCGGUUGUGGCUGCGAAUCCCGGAAAACAGGAAUUGUUUACGAUUAUUUUUGUUAUAUUCUUCUCUAUUGUAUUUUUGUACGUAAAACGGGCGGUAUUUUUCUAGAACCUCCCGUUUUUCACUUUAUAUGUGUAUAUUCGUGAUAUUUUAGAAAGAAAACAAAUGUUUGUUGUAUUUUUAUACAUUUUAAAUUUUACCCCAUUCAAGUUAACUCUAUUUUAGAAAGAGAAAUAUGUCGAGCGAACGAUUUGAUAUAAUUUUGUAGCCAAAAAUUAGCAUAUUAUUGU